AUGGCUAAAAACACUUCAUUGUAUUUUCGCAUCAUUGAAGGAAGGAAUUUACCAGCGAAAGAUGUGUCAGGGACAAGCGACCCUUAUUGCAUGGUUAAAGUGGACAAUGAAUUGAUAGCCAGGACAGCCACAGUUUGGAAAAACCUGAACCCUUUCUGGGGGGAAGAAUACACACUCCACCUCCCCAUGGGCUUCCAUAGCCUCUCCUUCUACGUCAUGGAUGAAGACACCAUUGGGCACGAUGACGUCAUCGGGAAGAUAGCUCUGAGCCGGGAGAGCAUCGCAGCCACCCACGGGCGAGGGAUUGAUCGCUGGAUGAACCUAACCCGCAUUGACCCUGAUGAGGAGAUCCAGGGUGAGAUCCACCUGGGGCUGGAGAUGGUCAAACACCCGCCUGUCAGGGCCGUCCGCUGUCAUGUCAUCGAAGCCAGAGACCUGGCCCCGAGGGACAUUUCGGGUACUUCAGAUCCAUUCGCUAAAGUGAUAUUUAACAGCAGGACCAUGGAAACAGCGACCAUAAAGAAAACCCGCUUCCCUCACUGGAACGAGGUGUUUGACCUUGAGCUGGAGAGCAGAGCGGAGACAGAGGGAGUGAUGCUUGUUGUGGAGGUGUGGGAUUGGGAUAUGGUGGGAAAGAACGAUUUUCUGGGAAAGAUCGAGUUCAGCCUGGACGCCCUUGAGAGGAUGGAGAGAGCCAGGGGCUGGUUCCGGCUGAUGCCCUUCGGAAACCUGGAGGAUGAUGAAGGUGGCAAACUGGGAGCGUUGCGGUUAAAGGUGAGAUUGGCAGAGGAUCGUAUUCUGCCUUCGUUGUAUUACCAGCCGCUUAUCGAUCUCCUGGUGGAGUCCGUCAGCUCAGCCACGGAGGUUGAGGAUGCGAACCCUCUGGCGAUGGUGGAGGAGGUCACCACGGUGGACAGCCGGCAGGACGUGGCGGUGACGCUGGUGAAGAUCUUCAUGGGGCAGGGUCUGGUCGGGCCGUUCCUGGACUUCCUCAACACCAGAGAAGUGAACAAGACCACUGAUCCGAACACCUUGUUUAGGUCUAACUCUCUGGCCUCGAAGUCGAUGGAGCAGUUUAUGAAGUUGGUGGGAAUGCCUUACUUACACAGGGUUCUGAAGCCAGUGAUCAACCGGAUAUUCGAGGAAAAGAGAUACAUCGAGCUCGACCCAUGUAAGAUCGACCUGAACAAAACCAGGAGGAUAUCGUUCAAGGGGAGCCUGUCGGAGGCUGGGGUGCGGGAGUGUAGUCAGGAGCUGCUGAAUUCUUACCUGACGGACGUGAUUGACUCGAUCGUGGGCUCGGUGGAACACUGCCCGCCCGUCAUGAGGGCAGCGUUUAAACAGCUACACAAACAAGUGGAGGAGAGAUUCCCUGGAGCAGAGAACGAGGAUGUGAAAUACCUGGCGAUCAGCGGGUUCCUGUUCCUGAGGUUUUUCGCCCCGGCCAUCCUGACCCCCAAACUGUUCAGCCUGAGAGACCACCAUGCAGAUACUCGCACAGGCAGGACCCUGCUCCUCCUGGCAAAGGCUGUGCAGAGCAUUGGGAACCUGGGCUUACAGCUGGGCCACGGCAAGGAGCUGUGGAUGUCUCCUCUCCACCCCGUCAUCCUCCAGAGCGUUGGUUUCCUCAGGGAUUUCCUGGACAGGAUCGUGGACAUCGACAACGAGAGCGUUACUGAGGAUCAGCAUCAUGGAGCCUUCCACCCCGCAGUGACCAUUAAGGAGGGAUAUCUCCACAAGAGGAAGGCGGAGGGCCUGAAUCUCGUCACACGUUUCACCUUCAAGAAACGUUACUUCUGGCUCAGCAACGAGACUCUGUCGUACGCCAAAUCCCCCGACUGGCAGGUGAGAUCGUCGAUCCCGGUGCGGAGGGUCUGUGCGGUGGAGCGAGUCGACGAGAAUGCCUUCCAGCAACCCCACAUGAUGCAGAUCGUCAGUCAGGACAAUGAGGGACAACUGCACAUCAUGUACAUCCACUGCAAGAACGUGAACGAGCUGAGCCAGUGGCUGUCGGCGAUCAGGAAAACCACCAUCUACAACGAUCAUUUGUUGCCGUUCUUCCACCCCGGCUCGUACCGGGGCACUCGCUGGACCUGCUGCCUGCAUUCCGAGAAAUCCGUUCGAGGUUGCAGUCGGACUCACUCUGCCGUGACUCUCGGGGAUUGGAGUGACCCUCUAGACCCUGAUGCUGAAGCUCAGACUGUGUACAGGCAGCUCCUGCAGGGGAGAGAGAAGCUAAGGGAUAAAUAUCUUGAGUUGUCCGACGUGGGGUCAGCAAUUGGCCAGAAGGACGCGGUGCAGAGCGAGGAGAUCAGGGCAGGUGUUGAGAGGAGCCGAACGUAUCACAAGUGGAGAAUGGCCUCGGCUGCCCGGCUGCUGGAUGUGGUGCAGGACCUGGAGCGGGCUCACCAGGCUUUCCAGCGCCGCGAGAGAGAAGAGCAGGCCAGCAACGCCCUGCUACCCUGAACCAGGUCUGAGCCAGGCUUGAGCCACACACUACGAGUUUCUUCAGUCCAAGAAGCUCUUGAGGGGCAGGUCACACACACGGUGGGUUUGUCACUAUCAUUGUCCACAUUAGACACAAACCCAACUCGAAGGUGGG